AUGGCUUUAAUAAGAAUGGAAACCAGCAGUUUGCCAACUCCAGCUGAUCUCUCGUCUUCAUCAUCUCAACCAGAUAUCAGUAUACCACCGUCUAUACUUGUUCUUGGCAUGGCUGGCUCUGGGAAAACAUCAUUCGUGCAGCGUCUCACUGCGUACCUACAUGCGAGGAAAACGCCACCAUAUGUGAUCAAUCUUGAUCCAGCAUGUGCCAAUGUUCCUUAUCCGGUGAACAUCGAUAUACGCGAUACAGUGAAGUACAAGCAAGUAAUGAAGGAUUAUGGUUUGGGACCUAAUGGCGCAAUCAUAACUAGUUUGAAUUUGAUGUGUACCAAAUUCGAUCAGGUGUUGGCCAUGAUACGUCAGCGAGCAAAUCAGUACAGCGUGCAUAUUGAGGCCUUCACAUGGAGCGCUAGCGGUUCAAUUAUUACAGAUUCGUUAGCAAGUAGUCAUCCUACAGUGAGUGUUAUCGUCACUCAUGUCAUUGGUCUUGCCGAUAUAGUCCUCACCGCUUUCGCAAGGAGUUGGAUGCGAGAUUUUGAGCGUUUUGAUCAAGCUCUGGAAGAGAAUCGAAGUUCAUAUAUGAAUGACCUCAGUCGCUCAUUUACGGUUUCUUCGGCAACUGGUGAGGGCAUGGAUGAGUUCAUGAAAGCAGUUGGCGAGUGCGUGGAACAAUAUAAGAAUGAAUACGUCCCGAUGUAUUCCCGUGUUCUAGCGGAAAAAUCGAAGUUGGAUGAACAAGAAAAGCAGAGAAAGUCGAAUGAGAUUUCCGAUAAAAUGGAGGUACUAAGCGUACAUCCCACGUUAGAUCCGCCCAUAAGAGAGCGUAUUCACCUCGGGGGUGUGGAGCAAGAGAAUGCUGAAGAUGCCAAUGUGUUCUUCGUGGGUAAACUAAUUUCUACACGGAAUGCAUGUGCUAGAAGUCAAGUAUUAUGUGCACAGAACUUUUUCCAAUUCAUUGUUGAGGCGAUUCCGGUGUUUUGCGAGUUAGUGAUGCGUGUUAUGUUCUUUGCUUGUAAUUUGUUGAAUUAUUGA